UGUCUUUACACAGAGGGUGGUAUGUGUGUGGAAUGGACUUCUUGAGGAAGUGGUGGAUGUGGAUACAGUUACAAUAUUUAAGAGAUAUUUGGAUAAGUACAUGCAUUGGAAAGGUUUGGAGGGAUACAGGCCAGGGACAGGCAGGUGGGUCUAGUUUAGUUUGGGAUGAUGGUCAGCGCAGACUGGUUGGGCCGAAGGGUCUGUUUCCAUGCUGUAUGACUGUGUGGCUGAGGAAUGACAGGACAAUGGGUGGAUAGACAUGCCAAUAUUUGUGAUAUCCUGGGAUUCGGGAGGAACGGGGUGCUUCAGGGUCACCUCCAGGGGUGAGCGCUAACACACGGCCCAGAUCACUGGGGCCUGGCACAAUUGCAAAAGCAAAUUGAUUUUAUUUCUGCCUUUGUAAACAAAAGGGGGAGAAUGAAUCGUCUCCUAAUUUUAAUCAGCAUGUGAGGGACCACGCCCGAAACAGUGACCAGCUGAGCCGACGUCAUAUCCGUGUCUACCAGCUGUACAGCCGAACCAGUGGGAAGCACGUCCAGAUCCUCGGCAAGAGAAUCAAUGCGACAGCAGAAGACGGGAGUAAGUACGCGAAAUUGCUGGUGGAGACGGACACAUUCGACAGUCGAGUGAGGAUCCGGGGAGCAGAGACCGGGCACUACAUUUGCAUGAAUCGAAGGGGAAAACUUGUUGGGAAACUGGUUGGAAAGGGGAAGGACUGCAUUUUCACAGAAAUACUACUGGAGAAUAACUACACAGCACUGAGGAACACCAAAUACAAUGGGUGGUACAUGGCCUUCACCAGGAAAGGGCAGCCCAGGAAAGCCACAAAGACCAGGCAGAAUCAGAGAGAAGUCCACUUCAUGAAAAGACUCUUCAAAGGGGAACCACUCUUUCCAAACUGGGACAGGCAAAGGCACUUUGAGUUCCUCAAUUACCCCAACACCAAACGGACCCAGAGAACCCGCUUGCCCAGAAGGCACCGGACCUAGGCCAGGAGUGACUGUCAAUAUUUUUUAAAUGAGAUGUUUUAUUUUUUUACACUUGGUUUUUCAUGGGUAGAUGGUGCUACGCACGUAGGUUUUUCAAGAUAAAGAAAAAAAGUGACAAAAAAAUGAUUAAUAAAAUGAAAGAGACGAACU